CCUCUCCUCUCAGCCUGCCUUCCUCUCAGCCUCUGCUUCAGCCAACCCGAGCUGUGCCGAGCUGCUCCCUGCGGGAUCAGAGCGCUCCCCCGCCGGGACCCUUCUCUCACAUCCCCCUGCUGGGACGCGGCUACAUUUCCAGCCAAGCACUGCCUGCUUUGGCUUUAUUAUGUGUGUCUGCGCCGCAGCCCCGCCAGCAGAGGCAAGCAGAGGAGGAGGGAGACUGGUAGCCAGAGUCAGGACAAAGAAAAAGCAGGGAGACAGAGGCUAGCGAAGGGUUAGACUCGUAUAAAUAUUAGGUUAUACUAAUCCUGCGACUGCCGAGGGCUUAAGGACAUAUUUUAUAAAGAAGUGAAGGCGAGCGGGGUAGAGAAAACGGCAUUCCCCUCGGGUAGAGAUGCAGGGAGAGAUUGUUAUGUCCAUGCCACCAGACCACCACCACUAGUGUAGAAUAGCCGGACGGGCCAGGAAGGAUUGUUCGGGUUCGGGCGCCGUUUCCAGGAUCGUCGGAAGGGAAAAGACUGCAAUAGUUGUAAUAAACUGCUCCAUAAUCCUAGGCGAAACCGAUAGAACGGCUGGAAGAGAUCGCGUUCGCUGAACGCCUUGAAAACGAGUGUCGACUCAAUCAACAAGACUGUCGCGUAUUGCUCUCGCCGUGUUGUCAUCUCGACCGUUCUGGUGUCCACGCAUGGCUGUCAGCUCGUGCCCGACCGCCUGCUAAAACUCAGGACGGACGGGCCAGCGAAAGUCGCGCGGAUCCUCGGGCAAAGCGCUGGAGAACGUCAAGGAACAAAAGAGACCGACGGCGGAGCGGCACGCGCUAGGAGGAAAGGACGAGAAGUUCCGUUUUCUACAGGUUGGUCGAGUCCGGCCGCAGACGAAGUGAACGUGUUGAAGAGCGUACGCGAAAGCAGUUUCUGCGGGCUUUUUUUUGUGCAGGACUGUAAAGCACGCCGACUCAAGUUGCCGCAUUGCAACAGGCACAUUUUGCAAAGUGAAAAGCAAGACAAGAUAACAACGCUUCACUGAUUUGUAUGUCCACCUGAAAAACACUGAACAACAAAGUGACUUUACAGUAGAAGUUUGAACCGCGAGAUGUCGAGACGAAAACAGGCCAAACCGCGCUCCGUCAAAGCAGUGGAAGAUGGAGAGUCUUCCGAGUGUGGGGGAACCUGGGAUGAAUCGAAUGUCCAGACAGACGUCCCCGCUGCGGAGGCGGAGGCGGAGGCCAAGCUGCGUCGCGGGGGAGGGCUGCCCGACGAGGACCACGACGAGCCCAACGACCUGGACCCGGACGACGACCUGGACGACGAGUCCAUCUUCACCUGCGACAACUGCCAGCAGGACUUUGAGUGCCUGGCCGAGCUCACGGAACACCGCACACACCACUGCCCCGCCGAUGGUGAAGACGACCCCGCCGGUCUCAACUGGGUGCCCUCUUCCCCGUCCAGCAAGGACAUGGCCUCCCCCUCCCAGCACGGCUGCGGUGACCUGGGCCCCGGUGAGGAGGAGGGGGGCGCCGGCCUGCCCUACCCCUGCCAGUUCUGCGACAAGUCUUUCAGUCGUCUGAGCUACCUGAAGCGCCACGAGCAGAUCCACAGUGACAAGCUGCCCUUCAAGUGCACCUUCUGCAGCCGGCUGUUCAAGCACAAGAGGAGCAGAGACCGCCACGUCAAGCUGCACACAGGUGACAAGAAGUACAGCUGUCAGGAGUGUGAGGCGGCCUUCUCUCGCUCCGACCAUCUCAAGAUUCACCUCAAGACUCACAGCUCCAGCAAGCCCUUCAAGUGCAGCGUGUGCAAGCGUGGCUUCUCUUCCACCUCCUCACUGCAGAGCCACAUGCAGGCUCACCGCAAGAACCGAGAGCACCUGGCCCUGAGGGCGGAGCGGGACGGGGGCCGGAAGGGCGGCGGCGGCGAGGGGGACCUGGACCAGGACCUCUACAUGUGUGACUACUGCGAGGAGACCUUCAGCCAGACGGACGAGCUGGAGAGACACGUGCUGACCCGCCACCCCCAGCUGUCGGACCGCGCCGACCUGCAGUGCAUCCACUGUCCCGAGAUCUUCCUGGACGAGGCGUCGCUGCUCACCCACAUCGAGGCGCAGCACGCCAACCGCAAGCACAAGUGCCCGGUCUGUCUGGAACAGUUCCCCUCCGUGGAGGAUGUCUACUGCCACCUGGACAGCCACCGCCAGCCUGACUCGUCCAAUCACAGCGCGGCCAGCCCGGACCCGGCGCUGGGCAGUGUGGCGUCCAUGAGCUCGGCCACGCCCGACUCCAGCGCCAGCCUGGAGAGGGGCUCCACGCCCGACUCCAUCCUGAAGACCGGCCGGGCCGCGGAGCGAGGCCGCCGGCGGGGCGCGGAGAGCGGGGAAGACUUGGUGCUGAACCUGGGUCAUCUUGCCGCAGGUGGGCACUGGUCCAAGGUCACCUACUCCUGCCCCUACUGCUCCAAGAGGGACUUCCACAGCCUGGCGGUGCUGGAGAUCCACCUGAAGACCAUCCACGCCGACAAGCCCCAGCAGAGCCACACGUGCCAGCUGUGUCUGGACACGCUGCCCACCCUCUACAACCUCAACGAGCACGUGCGCAAGGCUCACCGGGGCAACGGGGGCGGCGGCGGCGGUGGCGGCGGGGGUCCGGUGGCCACGGCGGCCGCGGCCUUCCCCCUGCUGCAGUUCACCAACGUGUCGGCGUUCCACUGCAACUACUGCCCCGACAUGUUCGGAGACAUCAACUCCCUGCAGGAGCACAUCCGUGUGUCCCACUGCCUCCCCGGGGGGGUCAUGGCCGGCUCCACCACGCUAGGUGGGUUCGAGGGGAACCACGCCUUCUUCUGCAACCAGUGCUCCAUGGGCUUCCUGACGGAGUCGUCGCUGACGGAGCACAUCCAGCAGACCCACUGCAACUCUGCUCUGGGGGGAGGGGCUGCGUCAGGCGGGGGCGUGACCAAACUGGAGUCCCCGGUGCUUCAGUCUGCCUCUCAGUCCUUCAUGGAGGUCUACUCCUGCCCGUACUGCACCAACUCCCCCAUCUUCGGCUCCCUGCUCAAGCUCACCAAGCACAUCAAGGAGAACCACAAGAACAUCCCUCUGGCCAACAACAAGCGGCAGGCCAAGAUGGCGGACCUGAGCCCCGCCUCCUCCGACGUGGAGAUCUCCUCGCCCAAGCGUCACCGGUUCGGCGGCGACUCGGCCGGCUCCAACGGCGACUACCCCUGCAACCAGUGCGACCAGCGCUUCUCCAGCUUCGAGGGCUUCCAGGCCCACCUCAAGUCCCACCUGGAGCAGCUGCUGCGGCGGCAGUCCUGCCCGCAGUGCAACAAGGAGGACUUUGAGUCGCAGGAGGCCCUGCUGCAGCACCUGACGGUGCACUACACCACCACCUCCACGCAGUACGUGUGCGAGAGCUGCGACAAGCAGUUCACCUCGGUGGACGACCUGCAGAAGCAUCUGCUGGACAUGCACACCUUCGUGCUGUACCACUGCACCCUGUGCCAGGAGGUGUUCGACUCCAAGGUGUCAAUACAGGUGCACCUGGCGGUGAAACACAGCAACGAGAAGAAGAUGUUCCGGUGCACGGCGUGCGCAUGGGACUUCCGGAAGGAGUCAGACUUGCAGCUCCACGUCAAGCACAGCCACCUGGGCCAGAGCAACAUUCUCCCGGGGGGCAUCAGCGCAGGACUAAAGCCUCGCAAGUGCAUCUUCUGCGGGGAGACGUUCGGGACCGAGGUGGAGCUCCAGUGCCACAUCACCACGCACAGCAAGAAGUUCAACUGCCGCUUCUGCGGCAAGGCCUUCCAGGCCAUCACCCUGCUGGAGCGCCAUCUGCGGGAGAAGCACUGCAUGACGGACGGCGGGAACGUCAUCACCUGCAACAGCAGCGGCGCCGGCAGCCAGAACGGCACGCCCAACGGCGUGGCGCAGCCCUCCAACAAGCGCGGCGGCGGCGGGGGCGGGCCCACCGGGAACGGGGGCGGGGCCGAGAGGACCUCAGUGGCGGCAGCGGAGCAGGCGGACCUCCAGAACAUGAUGCUGAAGAACGCGGCGGCGGCGGCAGCCGCCGCCGCAGGGGGGGGAGGGGAGGCGGCCAACAGCCACGAGGCCAGCGGCGGGGAGGAGGAGCUGGACAACGCCGAGCCCAUGUACGCCUGCGACAUCUGCGGCGCGGCGUACACCAUGGAGUCCCUGCUGCAGAACCACCGCCUGCGAGACCACAACAUCCGCCCCGGGGAGGACGACGCGGGCACUCGCAAGAAGAAGGCCGACUUCAUCAAGGGGAACCACAAGUGCAACGUCUGCUCCCGCACCUUCUUCUCCGAGAGCGGCCUGCGGGAGCACGCGCAGACGCACCGCGGCCCCGCCAAACACUACAUGUGCCCCAUCUGUGGAGAACGAUUCCCCUCCCUGCUGACGCUCACCGAACACAAGGUUACCCACAGCAAGAGUCUGGACACGGGGACGUGUCGCAUCUGCAAGAUGCCACUGCAGAGCGAGGAGGAGUUCAUCGAGCACUGCCAGAUGCACCCCGACCUGCGCAACUCGCUCACGGGCUUCCGCUGCGUGGUCUGCAUGCAGACGGUCACCUCCACGCUGGAGCUCAAGAUCCACGGCACCUUCCACAUGCAGAAGCUGUCGGCCGGGGCCACGCUGGGGGGAGGAGGAGGAGGAGGAGGAACCGGAACAGGAGGAGGAGGAGCUGGAGGAGGGGGGGUGGGCGCUGGCAGCGGCUCCACCUCUUCGUCGCCCAACGGGGCUCUGAUGCAGCAACACAAGUCCUACAAGUGCGCCCUGUGUCUCAAGGAGUUCAAGAACAAGGGCGAGCUGGUGAAGCUGGACGUCAACGGCCUGCCCUACGGCCUGUGCGCCAGCUGCAUGACCAGGAGCACAAACGGCCAGAGCCCCACACAGGGAGGGGCUGUCACGCCAGGGGAUGCCCAGUUGGAGAAGCCUAUGUCUGGGCUCAGGUGCCCAGAGUGUGGGGUGAAGUUCGAGAGCUUGGAGGACCUGGAGAGCCACGUGCAGACGGACCAUCCCGAGGUCAGCCCAGAUAGCCUGGGGAAGAAAGCAGAGGCAUCGCCCGCGCCCAAGAAAAAGACCUACCAAUGUAUUAAAUGCCAAAUGACGUUUGAGACGGAGAGAGAGAUCCAGAUCCAUGUGGCCAAUCACAUGAUCGAAGAGCCCGCCGGACGGCAAGAGGAAGGCAUCAAUCACGAGUGCAAGCUGUGUAACCAGAUGUUUGACUCUCCGGCCAAGCUGCUGUGUCACCUGAUAGAGCACAGCUUCGAGGGCAUGGGAGGAACCUUCAAGUGUCCCGUCUGUUUCACAGUGUUUGUCCAGGCCAAUAAGCUCCAGCAGCACAUAUUCGCCGUCCACGGGCAGGAAGACAAAAUUUACGACUGUUCCCAGUGUCCGCAGAAGUUCUUCUUUCAGACCGAGCUACAGAACCACACGCUGAGUCAGCAUGCGCAGUGAGCCUCCUCGCCCGGCUGGAUACCCGGGCCCACCUCCACACCCCAUCGCCCAACCCCCCCCCCCCCCCCCCCACCCGACCCAGAGACGGUGGAGGGUUGGAGGGGUGGGGCGGGAGGGAGGGGGGUGCGAUCUCCACAUCGCAGCCAAUCAAAGUGUCAUUUGCUACUCCCAUGUAAAAGUCUAACGAUUGUGCCGCUGGGCACGGCUAUUAGGAGAGACUGGAGGGGGGGGGGGGGGGGGAUUAAUGGGAUAUACUAUUAAAGACCCACACAGAAACAUGAACAUGAAUGAAGGGAGAUGGAUGAGGAAAAACAAAAAGAGAGGUGGGGGGGAAAGGUAUUGUACAAGCAGUAUUCUUUAUAUUUGUCCUUCUACCAAGCAGCCAGCCCCCGGUCGUCCUCCCCACACUCCACCUCUCUCCACCUCACCACACCCACCCUCCCCUCCUUCCUAUCGGGCUCUUUUUUAUAAUGAAAACCCCCUGGAAGAAAACAAAAGAAAAAAAAAAUAUUGUUUUGUGUUGUUUUGUUUUUAAAAUUGUAGGAAAAUUGUAUUAAAAAAUGACAGGUGCCAAUUUCUAUUUUCUGUUUUUUUUUUGUCAUAUGCGCUUAUUUUUCCUUCUUAUUUUCAUUGUUGGAUCUUUCAUUUAUCACUGUAAGUAGGUACUUGUGCCGUGUUGUGAUUGUUUACCAGUCCAGUUUUUGUCCCCUUCCCACAAACCUCUCCUUUUUAUGAUUGUUAAAUAUAUAUUUUUUCCUUUUUGUAAUUACUAUGGAAAAAUACAUCAAACUAAAUAAAGUCCAGAAAAACAUA